AUGAGUUAUAAUAACAAUUAUGUAGAUUUCAAUAUUCAUGAUCGUAGAAAAACAAACAAUGCGAAUUUUAAGGAGGAAGAGAAUUCUUGGAGUAAUAUGAGUUUCAGCAAAGGUAAUAAUUUGAAUAAUAAUGUAAUGAAAAGAGGAGGACAUAUGGAUAUAACAAAUAAUAAAAAUUUUAUGGAUAUAAAUAUUAACGAUAUGAAUAGUAUGAAUAAUUUGAAUAAUUUUUAUAGUGGGCACGCUACAGAUGUUAAUAAUACGGAAAAUGACGAAUCAGCACAUUUAUUAAAUAAAAAUGUACAGUUGGAUAAUGCGUAUGUAAAUAAUUUGAUUAAUCCAAAUGACAACGUGACUCACCCUUUUGCAAAAAAUAUAAACAACAAUACGUCCUCAUCAAAUUAUGUGUCAGCUCAUCCUAUUAUAGGAAGAAACAAAACGAAGGAUAUAUCAAAUGGUAGUUAUAAUAAUAGGAGUAAUACCAGUACAAUAAAUAAUUAUAAUAAUAAUAAUAUUAAUAAUAGUAAUAUUUUUAACAAUAAUGAUAAUAAAAAAUAUUCAUAUAUCCAUAAUUCAAACACAACCAUGAUGACACCAUCUAAUAUAAUAUUAAAUCAUCAUCACAAUAAUAAUAAUAAUAAUAAUAAUAAUGUUACAAAUAAUUUAGGUAGUACCAAUUUUAAUGUAAAUAAUAAAGUUUCUAGCCAUAGCAAUUUAUUAUAUAAUAAUAAAAAUUUCUCAAACAAUAAUAACAACAAUUAUUUUCAAAAUAAUAAUAAUAGUAGUAAUAAUCGAAUUAGUAACUCUAACUUAGCGAUAGAACAAAAUUAUUGUAACCAAUUUUUAAAAAGUAACGAUUCAAAGGAAGGAAGAAAUGUAAUUUUAUCAGAUAAUCUUGCUUUUGUAAAUAAUGUUAAAGUUGAUAAUGAUUCAAAUAAUAAGAAUAUUUUUAAUAAUUAUAAACCAAAUUAUAAUGAUAAAAAUUUCGAACAAAAUAAUAUGAACAUGUCAGGUAAUAGUAUGAACCAAUUUAAUAAUAAUAUGAACAGUUCAGGCGAUGGUAGUUUUGUUGGAAGUGUAGUUAGUAGUGUUAUAGGAUCGACUGCAUCGAAUUUUUUUCAGAAUAAAUUUUUAAAUAAUAAAGAGAACAACGUUGAAAGCAAUAAAGGAAUUGUACAUAAUAUAUUUGAAAGAUUAACAAAUGAUAAAGAAUCAAAAAAUGAGAUAAAUAAUUUGGUACAACAAAAGGUUGCAAAUAUGGUGAUCAAUGAAAUAGAGAAAAAAAUUGAAAUAAAUCAGACUAGUUUUAUAUGUAACAAAUUAUCUGUUUUGAGAGAAUAUUUUGAUGUAACUCAUGCAUAUGUUAUACAGAAAAUAUUAUUUAUAUUGGUUCCUUAUAUAUAUAUACGAAAGGCUUUAUGUGAAUCAAGAACAUAUUAUGUAUAUACACACUUCAAAAGAAAAAUGGAAUCAUCUGAAAAGAAUAAAACAUUUAAUUCUGCAUUUAUUUUAAAUAAUGAUAAUAGUAAUUUUGUUAGGCCUAAUUCGAGUAUAAAUAAUGAGUAUGCGCAACAACAAGGGGGAAGCUUUUUUUAUAAUGAUAAGAGUAAAGGAUAUAUGAGCAACACAUAUAAUAAUAAUAUGAACAAUAAUGUGAAUAAUAAUAAUAUGAAUAAUAAUAAUAUGAACAAUAAUAUGAACAAUAAUAUGAACAAUAAUAUGAACAAUAGUAUGGCACGACAUAAUUCAAACGAUAUUAAUUAUGUUGAUUAUAGUAAUGUGGGUAUUUUUAAAGCAGAUUUAUAUAUUCCCUUAAUGUCAAGUAUUACAUAUAUAUUAUUAUACACAUUAACAAUAACUGCACAAAAACAAAAUGCAACAUUUAAUCCCGAUAACUUGUUUAAUAUAUCAUCAUAUGUAUUUAUUUUACUAUUUAUAGAAACAAUUAUUAUAAAAUUUUUAUUUUUAUUAACAUGUAGAGAUAUUAAUUUAUCCUUUUUACAUAUUCUUUCUUUUAUAUCAUAUAAAUUUGUUAUUAUGUGUGCUUUAAUUAUAACGAAAAUAUUUUUUUAUUUCCUAUAUUUUAUAUAUGCGUCUGUUUUGGGGGUUGGAGGGACAUUUCCUGAUAUCAGUAUGAAAAAUAAUCUUCAUGUGAAUAAAAAAAUGUUAUCAAGUAAUUCACAUAAUACAUUUAAAAAUAUGAAUUAUCAAAGUAUUAGUAAAUUCAGUCCAUUCAAUAUUGUUUUAUUUUUAAAUAGUACGACCACAUAUAGAUUAACACAAUUAUAUUUUUAUAUAACUGUGACUAUACAGAUGAUACAAAUUUUUAAAUCAAUACAUUUAUAUAUACAUGACAAUAAUUCUAAUUUAUCACAUAAGGUUAAUAUCAAAAGGAUUAAUGUUCUUAUACUUAUUUUUUCUUUAUCACAAAUAUUUUUAUGCUGGAUACUUACACCAUCUUUUACAUAA